AUGGGCGGCAUCGUCGCCAAGAGGAAGAGGGGCAACGACGACAGGGAUUGGGAAGACAUACCCCUGGAGCGCUUCGAUGAGGAGAGCGACGAAGACGCGGAGUUCGACGCGGCCAUUAAGAAGGCUGCCAAGGAGCACGGCCUGGCCCAGGACGACCCCAACGAGGAUUUCUUCGACAGGGGCGAGACGUUCAACGACGUGCUCCGGAGCGGCUACGCCAAGCGCUCGGAGGCGAAGGACAGGUGGGCAGCGACCAUCCUCAAGGAGAAGCAGGAACCGGACCACGCGGCCAUCGCGGAGGCCCUCCGGGCCAAGCUCGAGGGCGGCGUGGCCGUCACCCAGGAGAUGAAGAGCGGCUUCGGCCCAGGCGGAAUUCACGAGCACGGCUGGUGA